AUGAAUAAGUCAAGGGAUUGGAAUAUUGUUGAUGAUGAAUUAAAUCGAAAAUUAAAAUAGUUACAAGAAAUAAGAUCAUAACUCGAUGACUAAUCGACUGAAUAACUAUUGCUAAAUAAAGAUUAGAAUUAGGGUAUUCAUAAUAAUCUAAUUCAAAUUUAGAGUAUAAUAGUGAUGUUAACUAUUAUAAAGAAUUUUGGAGAUAUUACAUUCUAAAUGAAAUGGCAAUUAAAAAAGUUAAUGAAUUACAUUCUUAAAAUUAAAAAUUACAUGAAUUAAUAGGAGACAUUGAUGUAAACCUAAGUCAUAUUUUUAAGAAAUUAUAAUAAGAAUUACAUAUAGCUUUAAGUUAUCGUCAUAAAAAGAAAAAUAGAAGGACCUCUUAAGAAAUUGAGAAAAGUUUUGUAUGUCCUUAUGAAAAAUGCAAUAAACAGUAUGGUAGUGAUGUUUCUUUGAAUCUCCAUAUUAAAUUAAAACAUGAUGGAGGUAAUAAAACAGAUAGAGAAAAAUUUGCUGUAAUCUUAUAUCCCAUUAUUACUUUAGAAAAUGAUUGUUGAAGCUCAACAAAAUGGAGAAACUAUUACAGAUCUCAAUAUUAAUAUAAAAUUUCCACCUGGUUAUUUAGAUGUAAUCAUUCUAAUCAUUUUAUAGUAAUUUAAGAAUCAAUUUCUGAAUACUUAGUAAAACUAGUUAAAUUAAGAAAGAAAGUCAAUCGAAUAAGAUUGA